UGCUAUUAUUACGCCCCAAACCGAACCCAUCCCAAAAAGGCUCCACCUUGACUCUCUCUCUCUCUGCCGUUUCAGUCAUCAACCACGCAGUUCACAAGUUGUUGUCUGUCUAGUCUUCCUCCUCCCCUUGCAUUGAGCCCUUCCAGUCAACGACAACAGCCCCAAAGACAUAAUCAGGAUUUACCCAUCAAGAACUCAGUGGCUGCCCAGCUGGGAAUUGAGGGACCAGACAUCAUUUUCCUCCAAGAUGUUCACAUUGCCUGAUUCUCAAAAGCAACCAGAGGAUGGUUCAUAAAGGUGAUUUGGUUAUUAUUGGCAUUUCCGCUGGUCUGGCUCUUGGCAUUUUAAUAGCAUCACUUGUGUUUUUCGGCAUACGAUGGUACAAAAGUUGUGUUCAUCUUCGGCAGUGUGCAAAUGAGCGCAGUGCAACAACUCUUCCCAUACGCACGAAUGGCCCAGAUACCAGCACUGACUUUAGUGCACCUAUCACCAAUCCAGCAUCCGUUGGGGGAUCAGAUUACCUAGCAAAAAAUUCUCAUAUCUCUUGGUGGACCCUCCAUGGCAAAGGUCGUUUUGCUUCAGCUUCUGGCAUACCAAGAUACUCUUACAAGGAUGUCCAGAAAGCUACACAAAACUUCACUACUAUUUUGGGACAGGGAUCUUAUGGUCCAGUUUAUAAAGCAACAAUGGCAACAGGUGAAGUGGUUGCUGUGAAGGUUCUUGCAUCUAACUCAAAACAGGGGGAGAAAGAGUUCCAAACAGAGGUAUCCCUAUUAGGUAGGCUGCAUCACCGGAAUCUGGUGAAUUUGGUUGGAUACUGUGUAGACAAGGGCCAGCACAUGUUAAUUUAUGAGUUCAUGAGUAAUGGAAGCCUGGCAAACCUUCUCUAUGGCCAAGAGGAAGGGAUGUUAAGUUGGGAAGAAAGACUUCAAAUUGCUCUUGAUGUUUCACAUGGAAUUGAGUAUCUUCAUGAUGGGGCAGUUCCGCCUGUUAUACAUAGAGAUUUGAAGUCGGCAAACAUAUUGCUAGACGGAUCGAUGAGAGCUAAGGUUGCCGAUUUUGGACUCUCAAAAGAAGACGCCUUCGAUCGCAGCAACUCGGGCCUUAAAGGUACAUACGGGUACAUAGACCCCAUAUACGUAUCCACAAACAAGUUCACGAUGAAGAGUGACAUCUACAGUUUUGGUGUUGUCCUCUUUGAACUCAUUACAGCCAUUCACCCGCACCAAAAUCUAAUGGAGUAUGUAAAUCUUGCGGCUAUGAGUCCCGAUGGUGUGGAUGAAAUUCUUGACAAGCGACUCGCGGGAAUGUGUAACCUUGUAGAAGUGAGGAGCCUAGCUAACAUUGCUAAAAGAUGCUUACACAAAAUAUCCAGAAAGCGGCCUUCAAUUGGGGAAGUUUCACACGCCAUAUUGAAGAUAAAGCAGAGCCGUCGUCCCAGAGAAGAUACCAUGUCCUAUGCAGAAGAAGACCUUUCACGCCUGGUCAGCCGGAUAGAGCUCCAAAAUGUGGAGCUGAGUAAAAUGACUAGCCUGCAAGAGAAGACGACUACUGAGUAGAGAGAAUGGCGCGGGGGGUUCUUCUUUUGGUACUAUUUGCGCCGUAGAUCUACUCUUCUUGAGUUAAUACAUGAUGAUAUGCUCUUCUACGCAAAAAACUCAACUUCCGCCGCUAUUUUUGGGAAAUUAUGGUAUAGAUUUUAUUUCUAACAAGAAAAGGUGCAUCAUUUAUGGACUUGGA